UACACUUGUCAAAAUGCAGUCAGGCAAGUACUGUUCUCCCUUCAACUGCCAAACCCAGACACAUUCAUCAAAUUUCCGGACAGAGAAGCGUGAUUUGUCACUUCAGAGAACACAUCUCCACUGCUCUAGAGUCCAGUGGCGGUUGGCUGAGUUGUUGUUGUUCCCAGCUGCUUCCACUUUGUUGUAAUACCACUAUCAGUUGAUAUUGGAAUAUUUAGUAGCAAGGAAAUUUCAUGAAUGGACUUAUUGCACAGGUGACAAACUAUCACGGUACCACGCUUGAAUUCGCUGAACUCCUGAGAGCGACCCAUUCUUUCACAAAUGUUUGUAGACGCAGAACACAUCC